CAUAGAUGUUCUUCAACAACCUGCCGUGUCCAUGCACCGCACCAUGUAGGUCGACACACGCACGAGGGAGUGAUAGAAGAAGUCCCUUCACUUGUCCCUUCACACACGAGAAACAACACACAUGUACACCCACUCACACUGGCAUGGUAUAGUUUCCGGCCACCCGCUAGCUAUAGCUAGCCAGGCGGCAGGUGAGGCAUCUCUGGUGGCAUCUCCCCGUCUGCCUGCCUGCAUGCCUGCCUGCCUCUUACCCGCCCGCCCGCCUUUCUCGACACCAACGCGCAUGUGUCAUGACACCGCCCCCAUCGUGCCGGCCACCCAGGAAGCAGUCGAGUGUGAGUCAGGCACCGACAGCUAUCCAUCCAUCCAUCCAUCCAUCCACACCAAAGCCCCCCCACCUGCCUGCGCCCCUCAUUCAUCUAUGUCGUCCACUACUGCUCCAUCUCAUCGUCACCGCUCCUCUCCAAAUCCCUCUGCGAGUCAGCUACUGGAGUGUGGCCCCCAGCUGCUGCCAUGUGAACUGGCAGUCGGCAUCGCCCAGGUGGGUGUUGAAGCCCUUGACCACCCCUUCCACGCCGUGGCGGGCCGCCUCGUCCAUCCUGGCCCGAUGAACCACCUCGCGCAGGCCCACACGACCACGAGUGUGCACCGCCUCGCGCGGACGGCUGUCGACACCCUCGAGCACGAAACACUGCAGCUGCGGCACACGCACCACCUGUCCGCCCACGCUGGCCGUCCCGCCCACCACCUCCCUGUUGCUACUGGUCUGGUACACUGCCGACUUGACGAAGUGCUCCGCUGCCGCGCAUACACGCCGGGCCAUAACGGUGUGCCGCACACACUCGCCGAUGGCUUCUGUGGUGGCCGAUGCCGCUGCGUCCGCAUCGAAGAGGUACGACGCGAUGCGCCAGCCGAAGAUGGGGGCCUCCUGCGGGCCGACGGCCAGCCGGGGGGUCAGGAGGGCCGCGAGUGACCGGUGAGGCGCGAGGGCGGCGUUGACGGCCGACAUCACUGCAGGGCCCACCUCGUCUAGCACCGUGGCGUACUCCAUCAGCACAAACUGUCGCUCUCCGUCUAUGGGGAGGCUGUUGAUGUCGGCGCCCGCCCUCAGCAGCGAAUGGAUGGUCAGCUUGUGCCUGUCACAUCGGGCGCGACACCCCUCCUUGGUGUCCUCGGGCGUCUCCGGGUCCUGAAGCUCUCGAGUGUACCAAUCGAGCUCCUCGGCAGCUGUGGCGAGGGGCGUGUCGUCGCGGUAGUUCCGCCUAUUGAUCUGGUCAGCGGGCAGCUUGCGGCAAAGGUAGCAGGCCACUUGGGUAGAGCCCCAACAUGCCGCGUCGUGCAGUGGUGUCCCUUGCGAUGCAUCGGACGCUGCCGUCAUGUCGGCCCCGUUCGCUGUGAUGAGGUCGAGGUAGGCGUCGAUGAAGGACUGGGGAUAGUCCCACCGUGCGGUGGCUGCCGUGUGCACCAGGUUGUAGCCACCGCUUGUUUCUUCGGUGGCGAGGGUGGGGUCGCGUCGGACGAGUCGCUCAUACAUCGACAGCAGCAGCUGCAGAUACUCCGGGGGAGGCUGACGCAGGGGAAGAAGGGGCAGCUCCAUCACCAUGCAAUACAAUUGGCCCGCUGCGCGCAGGUCGAUGUCGUGACGAGCCGUCAGUAUGUCGAGGGCCGUCUGAUUGCCAGAUGCAAUCGCCAAGUGGAGGGGCGUCUGAUCGGUCUGAUGGGCUGCCGCAUUGGGGUCGGCGCCUCCGUCGAGGAGUGCGGUCAGGACGGCCGCCUGCAGCUCGUCAGACGACCACUGUGGCAGUACGAUGGGAUGGCAGCCAUCAUCAUCUCGGGCUGCGAUGGUCCUGAUGGUGUAGCCCGACUUGUUGUCAAUGGCGAUGGCGAGGAGGGGAUAGACGAAGACGAUGGGGUCGCUACCCUCGGCGACCAGCCUAGUCAUGACAUCUGGGUCGGCGCCCUGCUGCCGCAUGAGGUCGGUCACUUGCCGUGCGUCGGUGAAGCGGCGGCCGAUGAUCCACCGUGACAGCUGCUUGCUGGGGUCGUUGGUGCCCUUGAGGAACCGAGCCUCCAGCUUAUCGAGUCCGAUGUGGCCGUCAGGCACAGGAGCAGCGGGAUCCGCCAGGCCUACGAGAGGAUACCCUGCCACACCCACCGCCGCACAAGGGACGGUGAUUGAAUGCCUUUUCUACAGGAUCCUCCCUCGCGUCUGUCUGGCGUACCUUCCUCCUCAUAUUCGUCGUCAUCCGAGUCUCUGUCAUCGAUAUCGUCCUCUUGGUCGUCAUCACCAUCGUCCUCCUGCAUGCCAUCCUGACACACAACAAAGAGGCAAGGGAGAACACCAACACUGGAUGAAUCGCAUGGACCAGUGUUGGUGUUGAUGAGUGCCUCACCGAUUCGUAGUCAUUUCCUGCCUGCGGACCCUCCUCAUCGUCGGCCGUCUCGUGAGGCAUUCCGCCGUCACCCAGCUGCUGCUGCUGCUGGUCGUCUAAACACCACCACAUAAAUCGACCAAGCAGGCCUGAGUGAGCUGCUGGUGUGUGUGUGGAACGGUCUGUGUGGGAUGGCUCGUAACUCACCCCUAUCGACGCCGUCGAGAUCUAGUUGCUCCGCCUGCCCACUGCCGCUACGCUCUUGCUCAUCUACAUCGCCUGCACACACCACAGAUGUACAGGAAUGAUAUGAUCCUGCGUGUUUGAUGUGCUGCAUUAGUGUGAUGCACCUGCAUCGUCCUUUGCACAUCCAGCGUCUGCCAUGGCAGCAGAGGGAAUCUAGGCAUCGGGACGUCCAGACAUCACUCAAACAGACACCAACAG